UGAAUUUGUUGUGAUAUCGAAAUGGAGGCAACGAUGAAGGUGAUGGGCAUUUUGGCGUUGCUUGUGAUCGUAAGCAUUGCCGGGGUUGAUGGAGCUGGAGAAUGUGGGAAAUCUUCUCCAGACGAUGAGGCAAUGAAACUGGCCCCUUGUGCAGCGGCUGCACAAGACGAGAAAGCUGGUGUUUCGGACAGUUGCUGCCUUCAGGUCAAGAAAAUAGGCCAGAACCCAACCUGCCUCUGUGCUAUUAUGCUUUCUGAUACUGCCAAGAAUUCUGGUAUCAAGCCCGGAGUUGCUAUCACCAUCCCCAAGCGCUGCAACAUUGCUAAUCGUCCAGUUGGAUACAAGUGUGGACCUUAUACAGUCCCUUGAGGGGCUGAUACUAUGAAGAAGAAGAAAACCAUGAGCUGUCCACUAGUUACUCAACCAUAUAACACUGCUGGUGUUGUAGUGAUUAUGUUGCAAUAAAAAGCUAGCAGUUUGUGUCUACCCAUCCUAAAUAAAGAUUGUAAUAAUAUCAGUAAAUAUCUGGCUUUUAUUAUCCAUCCCCAAUGUCUUCUUAUUUAUUUUUAUUUUUUUGUUUCUUGAAAGUUCAAAUAUAUUAUCCCUAACGAGCCAGGCAAUCAAAAGUUUGAAACCACAAACACAAUGGUCCACAUUCUAUGUAACGACUGUUGUGAUCAGUGGACCUUCUUUAAAAAAAAAAAAAAAAAAAAAAAACACUUGUUAUCAGUGGGUCACAUAUCGGAUAGAGAACAAACCUCAACCUAAAGCUAGCAGUUUGUGCGUACCCAUCCUAAAUAAGGAUUGUAAUAAUAUCA